UCCUUUCCAUUUCGUCUCGUCGGCAGGAGUUUUACGGCUUACCAAUGAUAUGGGCAAGCUCGACACGUUCUCAAUGGCCGCCUUUUGCCCGCCCACUGACGGUUCCGAUGGCUACAUUGCUUCCAAAUGGAUGGCUGAGCAGAUUCUAGAGCACUUUGCCAAGAGCGAGGGGAUUCCUGUACAUAUCCACCGACCCACAAGUAUUACAGGGGACGGGACAACUGAUACCGAUCUGAUGGCCAAUAUCUUGCAUUACUCGCGGCUCAUGCAGGCCGUUCCUGAGUUUCCAGAUGCGACAGGCGUUUGCGACUUGGUCCCGGUGGAGGAGGUUGCCGAAGGCAUCCUGACGCAGGCAUUGGGUCUCGGCAGUGAUCAAGUGGAACGACUGCGUGGGGCAGACCGGGCGGAUGUUGCCGUAAAGGCUAGCCAAAUCCAUCUCCACAGUGGAAAAACACAAAUCCCGGUCGAUGCUCUGGACAGCUAUGUCAAAGAAGUAGGUGGUCUGCAGCACUUGCCACAAAAAGUCCACUUGAGCGACUGGAUAACGCAAGCUGUGGAGCGGGGACUGACAGAGAGUGUGGCUUCGCUACUGAGCACACCUGAAGCUGCUCGUGGGCACGGGAUGACCAUCCCUCGACUACAUAAGUAG